AUGCCACGCCGAAAAGCCGCUGACCGAGCAGGACCGGUGAAGACCCGCUCUCGUGACGGAUGCAAGGAAUGCCGUGCCAGUCGCGUGCGAUGCGACACCAAGAAACCCCGUUGUACCCGCUGUUCCGAGAAAGGAUUGCCCUGUACCACUACUCUCGUCCUGAAAUGGGAGUCCGAAUUCGCCAGCCGAGGCGUCGCCUUUGGCCGCGCCGGCGUCUGGAACAAACCUCGCCCUGAUGGUGUCUCCUCGAACUCGAGCUCCGUCCCUUCGACUCCUGCUACUUCAACCGCUGAGGACACAUACUGGUGUUCCUUGCCCACCAUUCAUCCAUGGGGAUUCGUCAAUAGCGGUGUACUCGCCUUUGAAACCCACGGCGAAGUCGAUGUCAAGUCGAACGAGCUACAGACACUGGUUCCGCUGAUCCAAGGCAAUGCCUCGCUAGGCCAAUUGCCUCUUCAUCUACACUCACUGGGGGAUCUGGGUGGACUUUCCGCAGCGCUUCAUCCGAACCCUAGAGCUGGCCCGUCUCUCUUCCCGGAUGUGACUCGAAUGGGACAUGGAGAACUGAUGGACUACUACCUACAGCAAGUCUGCCCCCGCACGACAGCCAGCUCGUCCGUCUCAUCGCCAUUUGCCUCUGUAAUUCUGCCCUUCAGCUUAUCUGCCUCCCCCACCCUCUUCAAAGCGAUCCAAGCGCUAGGAGCCUGUCAUCUCUCUCGUAGUGAUGCGUCCUAUGGUGCUUUGGGACUACGUUUGAAGUCAGAGACUUUGCGCGAUCUCCGGCACCGCCUUUCGUCCGAAGGCCCCUCCAACUGCUGCAACGACCCCGAAAUAUUGGUCGUCAUGAUGCUACUCUGCCAAUACGAGAUCGUCGACAAAUGUGAUCCGCAUUGGACAAUCCACCUGAACGGUGCCAAAGAUCUAAUUCGCCUGAGGAGAGGACAAGCUACAGCGUCAUCAUCUCCAUCGGUGCGUGUCCCCGACCCAGCCACCGCCUUCGCGGAGCAUUUCUUCGCCUUUCAGGAUGUCAUGGGUCGAACGGCGUGUGCUAAAGAAGUCGCCUUUGGCAGCGACUACUGGAAAGCGGAUGAUCGGCACAUUGACAUGUGGAUGGGAUGUAGUCCGGAGUUGGUCUCCCUUCUCUGUGCUAUUACUGACAUGAGUCGCGCCCGACGCACUCUGGACUCCGAUUCCUCCCGCGAGAGCUUUGCGCACCGAGCGGCAUCGCUAGAAGGACAACUCGAGCAUCUCAUCCAGGAAAUUGAAGCGGGCGAUGAUGAUGUUCUUACAUCGGGAGCUGAAGCCAAACGUCUUGCAGCGGUGCUUUACCUGCACUGCGCGUUGUAUAGUGCCUGUCCCACUAGCCCGCCGGUCGCCCACUACGUCCGGCAGAUUCUUCAGAUCGUGUCUCAUCUGUUAGAUCAGGGAACCCUGACGAGCAUCACUUGGCCUGUCUUUGUCGCUGCGGUCGAAUUGGACCCGGCCCAGGAUGAGAUUUGGACAGACGAUAGCGGGAAGCCGGUGUCUGGCCGAGCAAUUGUGCUUCGGGCGCUGGCUGCUAUGGCCGAGUCUACGAUUGCAAAUAUUGCGCGCACUCGCGCGGUGAUUGUCCAGUUGUGGCAGACGCGAGACCAAGAUUUGGUCAAGGCACCGCAGAUUGAGGGAAAUGACUGGGAGUGUGUAAUCCCUUCACUGCCUUCCACCCCGAGUCGUCCUCAACACAACCCAAACCUCUCGAUUAACCUCCCCUCCAAGACUGCCGGCUCACCUCUCACCAACCAUGCCCCCCUCUCUCCUAAACUCGAUUCCUCCCAGAUUUAUGGAUCCCCGGGCUCCGUGCUUCCGCGGCGAUCUCGGGGCCUGGAUUUCUCUCGCGCUUGCACCAACCUUCACCACUCGACUCUCGCCGAAUCGUCGCCAGACUCAUCCCCCACGAUUGGAGGUCGCGGAAUGACUAUCCCUCAGCGUCGCGGCUCUCUCAAUCUCAACUCUACCUCGGUGCCGGUGUUCUCCACCUCCGGACCGGCCGACCGUACCGCCAUCUCCAGCUCCGUCUCCAGUGUGAACAUGAUGGAAUCCGACACUAGCAGCAGUGAAGACGAUGACGCCGCCAUGAUGGACCGCGAUGAUCCCAUGUUGAAUACUCCUCAGGCCAACCGCAUGGCCAGUGGACCUAGCCCCUUCACCACGGGCAACAUUCAAAGCCCCGGAAACGACUGGAUGGGCCCAUUCUCUGGCCCGGUGGGUAGCCUGUUAAGCUUCCAACGUGCACGCUUCCGCAAUAAAGGACGCAGUCGACACAGCUCUAGCAGCGCCAGCGGUAACAGCUCUAAACCCAGUCCUGGCCCACACUCUCCACCAGCGAUGAAGAGCGUUGAGAACUCCGUGGGUGGCUACUUUGCUCCGCGGCAGAGUGCUCAUGGCCGGCGUGAGAGCUUGAGUCUAGGUACUCAUGAUCUACGACUCUCUGAUCUCAGUGAUGAUGGGGAGAAUCGUGCUCGCGCAGGCAGUCCCACCGCUGCUCCUCAUUCUGAGGGAGGCGGGGGUCCGCUGGGGGUGAUUCGCCGUGCUGUCACUCGACGAGGAAGUUUGCUGCCCAAAACCAAAACCUUUGCUCGGAUCCGCGCCGCGUUGAUGGAAGAGGGAGCCCCAGUCGACAGCGACAUGAAACGUGAAGCCGAAGUGGUUCGACAAGUCCGCGAUACCGAACCCGAGACAUCUCCUACCCUUGGCGCUACUGUUCCACCCAAUUCAUCAUCCCAGGCCAUUCCAGAAAUGGAAUCAAUCUCGGAGACCUUGGACAUGGCCAGUCCACCCACGAGCACCUUCAGCAAGCAGGCCAGUCGGAAUUCCGGCGGGGUCGAGUUCUGGAACUCCUUUGAUGGUCGCUAUCGUACUCCCCCGCCCAGCCGUGCACCAGGAGCAUCCGCCAACGACGAUGAUAUGGUCAUGGAAUUUCCCGCUGACUUCAAGCCCCAUUCGCGCUCAUCCACCCCGCAUGCGCAAGGCACCGCAGGAAUCAGCGAAAUUAAUCGCAAGCGGCGCCGCGAGGACGACUUUGAUCCCAACCUCUUCAAACGUCGGGCCGUGUCACCAAGUGUGAGCGCCCAGAGCAGUCCAGUAAUGACCCACUCGUCCACCGUCGACACCGGCCCAAGCAUCUGGGGACCUCCAUCUAAACUUGGUCCCCCUUUCUCUGAACGACCCAGCACGGACAAACGCGCGAGUCUGGACAAUGGCAGUCGCCCCAUUCCUCAUACGGGAACCCCCAAACGGGUCGGUCUGCAGGGCAUGACCGAGGCAAGCGAUGGAUUUAUGAAUAUGAGCAUCGAGUAG